AGCCUGCAAGAUGGUGGUGAAGUUCUUGGGGGCAAGGUUCGAUCGUCUCGGUCUCCGCUUCAGUCAGAGUUUACACCUCGAUGGUUUCAGCUAUAAGCUGAUGACAGGGGUGUCCGGGAAAGUGCUCCUGAUCCACAACGAGGGGAGCAUCAUCCCAUCAAUGGCAGCGGCCAAGGUGUCGGGGCACACGUUGGGAGGUGUCUUCGAUCUCAUGGAGGUAACGUGGUCCAGCCUCAGACCAACUCUCACCAACGAGUGCGUGCGUGUGUGUCUGGGUCAGAGAGUCACAGCAUCACGCAGCACUCUGCUGACCAAGAUGCCCCAUCUACACGGGCCCCUGCUGUCUAAAGGUGGCUUGUCCCCCUCCAAUCCCCAUCUACCAUAAUCCCAGCUAUCUAAAGAUGCUUUAUACCACUCCAAUCCCAGCACAUUCAUGUGUUUCUGUAACUUUCAUCUUUCCCCUCUCAAUUUAUAGAUCAAGUCUUUGAACGAAUGUUUUGUAGACUUGGACCAUAAUAUCUUGCUCUUAUAUUCUUCCCCGUAGCAUCCUGUAUGUAUAAAGUCUUAGUCAUAUUCAUAGAAACACGGCCCUUCGGCCCAACUUGCCAAGAUGCCCCAUCUACACUAGUCGCACCUGCCCGCGUUUGGCCCAUACCUUGUUCUAUCUAUGUACCUAUGCCAAUGUGUUAUAAAUGUUGCCGUAGUCCCAACCUCAACCGCCUGUUCUGGGAGCUCGCUCC